UAUAUGCGUUGUGCUCUCAAUUUUAGUUUACAAUUGACAAACACAGAGUAAUAGACUAUUAAAGGGUAGGUCGAAGCAACGUGAACGCUGGCGUCUCACGGCUAGUAACGGGGAGUCAUCUUGAGGUGAUCAGAUCAGAGGUGAUCAGUAUUUGAUUGAAAGGGAGCCACUGAACGGUGUUAAAGCACCAAGCUGCACAUCAUUAUCUGACCAUUUGAAAACAUGGUGCAAAACAAAAUCACAGAGGUCAGAGGAUUCCAUCGCUCCUUCAAGGGGCAAAAUCCUUUCAAGACUGAUGAAUUCAUAGAUUCUGAACCCCAUCUUGACUUGUCCUUCAAGUUCGACCGCUCGCCAAGGCCUGACAUACCAUCCAGCCGGCCCAUCAAUAUCCCUGAUGCCAAGAAGAGAAAUAAGAAGAAAAAAAGAUGCAGAGCCACUGACAGUUUCUCAGGACGUUUUGAAGAUGUUUACAAACUACAAAAUGAGAUUCUUGGAGAAGGGGCUUAUGCUGUUGUUCACACCUGCAUCAAUCUGAUCACCAAUAAAGAAUAUGCAGUAAAGAUAAUUGAGAAGAGGCCAGGCCACAGUCGGAGCCGUGUUUUCAGGGAGGUGGAGAUGCUCUACCAGUGCCAGGGCCACAGAAACAUUUUGGAAUUGGUGGAAUACUUUGAGGAAGAGGACAAAUUUUAUUUAGUCUUUGAGAAACUGAGAGGUGGUUCUAUCUUGACUCACAUACACCGAAGACAACACUUCAAUGAGCAGGAAGCCAGCAUAGUGGUGCAGGACAUCGCCAGUGCUCUGGACUUCCUACACAACAAAGGUUGGAACAUGUUAGUGAUGAUACAAUGUAAUGUUAAUCAUGCACCCUAUAUAUUAUCAAAAGAUGAUUGUUUAUGUCUCGUUAUAGGGAUGGCACAUCGAGACCUAAAGCCAGAGAACAUCCUCUGUGAACAUAGUGACAGGAUCUCUCCAGUGAAGAUCUGCGAUUUUGAUUUGGGUAGCGGGAUCAAACUGAAUAGUGACCGCUCUCCCAUCUCCACCCCUGAGCUCUUGACUCCAUGUGGCUCAGCUGAAUACAUGGCCCCUGAGGUGGUGGAGGCCUUUAGUGAAGAAGCUAGCAUCUACGACAAGCGCUGUGACUUGUGGAGCCUUGGCGUCAUCCUCUACAUCAUGCUGAGUGGAUACCCGCCCUUUGUGGGUCGCUGUGGAACAGACUGUGGUUGGGACUGGGGAGAGCCCUGCCAAGCCUGCCAGUGCAUGCUGUUUGAGAGUAUUCAAGAAGGCAAGUAUGAGUUUCCAGAGAAGGACUGGGCACACAUCUCCCCUGCAGCCAAAGAUCUCAUCACCAGGCUGUUGGUGCGGGACGCCAAAAACCGCCUCAGUGCUGCCCAAGUUCUACAGCACCCUUGGGUCAAGGGGUGUGCACCCAACGCUGUGUCUGCAUCUAUUUUACAUCAGAGGGGUGGGAGCGCUCUGGACCUGACGUUCUUUGCGGGGCAGGCUGUAGCCAUGAACCGGCAGCUGGCUGAGAGGGAAGAGAGUGAGGAGCAGCUAGAGAAUGAGCUCUCUUCCCCGCUUCUCCUCUCCUCUAGCGCUGGCUCCAUGCGGUUGGCUCCUUCCUCCUGCUCCAUGCUGGCCCACCGCAGGAAGACCCCAGGCAGCCAGCACCGAGGGGCAGUGUGCGCCGCUGAACUACGCCAGCUCCUCACCCCACUUGUGAUUGUGGGCAACUGUGCCUGAUCUCUACCACAUUCUCCAGCCUCUGCUCUCCACUGACCACCUCUAUUGGACUCUUCAAAUAGACAGAGUGUUGACCUCUGACCUCUCUGCCCACUUACUUUAUGGGCUCUAAGCUCUUGUGAAAAGGUCUCUGACGCUUGUAGCACUUAAAGCACCUCAAAUGCCCCCUGCAAACAUAGUUUUGAUUGGAUAAAAAGCAUGUUGUGGCCAAGAAAAAGACUUGUUGAUGUCUGAGAGUCCCAGGAAUCUGUCAACUGUAACAAUGUUCAUGAAAACCCUUUGGAACCAAAGGAUUCAAGUUGCUUCCAUUCAUCUGAAACUGGACCCCAACUAAGCUAUUUAAUUUUGAAGCAUCAGCAAAAACAUUUUUUGCUAUUUGCCUUUGAGUUCAUUUGAUAUGUACAAAUGCCACUUUGAGACGUAUUUCUCGAUCAGUUACUCACCAAAUGAUAUUGAUGGCAGACCAAGACUGUGUAACUGUCCAAAAAGGGCCUCCUUUUUAAUCAACUGUUAGCACUUAUGUUCUGCCAAAAGUAAAUCUCCUCAAUGUUUUCAUAAGAAACCUCAGGAUCUCUCUCUAAAUGAGAAACCAAAGCAGAUUUUAAAGCAGAAAGACCUAUUCUGUGUCAGUUCAUUGGUGUUCCAUGUUUUGUCCUCGCACUGGAAAGGGAGAGCGAGCAGUACAGUGCAACUUUUGUACUUGGCCUUCUCAGGUAAACAGGAAUUGGUUGCAUAGUCCUAUUUCCUCCCCCUUUUCUUUCCUCAUGCUUCCUCUCCCUUUUGGCCUGAAAUGCCAUGUCAUGGGGGUUUAAGGAACUGCCAGAGGUGCAUUUCAAGGUUCUUCAGCUAAUUCUUAGAAAUUCUCUACCAUUUUCACCAUUCAUUCAGUUAGUCAUUGAAUGUUUCGUGAUCACGAUCUCUGUCAAUGACUUUAUUCACUGUAUGAAUAAAGGUGAUUAUUCCUUGAAAAGAACCUUCUGUUAGCCUCAAUUUUGUACUUGUAGGCCAAUAUCUAAUGAAAAGGUGAAGCUCAGAUUUGCAAGAAACCUACCGACGUUGCCAUGCUGCUAUAUUAUUUUGCCACCACCCUUUUUUAAAUUGUUUUAUUGUAUUAAUUUUUGUGUGUGUGCUAGAAAGGGAUAUUUUCAUCCUCCUUUUUUUUUAAGUGUCUUGUAUAUUUGUUUUUAAAAAUGUAAGGACGUUGAACUUGUAUGAGAGAAUGUGAGAAAUUCCCCACCCAUCCCUUCUUUCCCUUUUUUAUUUUUAUUUUUUUUCUCGGUGAUGCUGUUGUACCGCAGUUUCUUUCUAAGGUGAAUGUAGACUUUUUUUUUUUUUUUUUUCAGAUAGUAUCACCAGUAAAUAUGCAGAUCGACCAGGAACAAAACCAAGUGCUCCUACUCCCUCGGAGUGGAAAAAAAGCUUUUUUUUUUUUUUUUUUUUUUUAUCUUAAAAUGCAUAUAGUCGAUUUCCUCUUUUUCUGAUGGAAACCACUUUGGAAUAUGCUGAGUUUAUUCUUUCUUUCUGAGAAAGACCUCAUUUUGUUUUGUUUUUUACUUGCAAUUGUAUUUUCAUUAAUUUUUGAACCCCCUCAUACAUGGAAAUUACUAGUCUACAUUUAUUUUAAGGGCCAGUGGCGUAGCUUUCAUGUUUAUCUUGUAUUUUCAUGUGGUUGUACCAUUUGUUUCUCAUCUGACC